GGAUAUUUUACCAUCUGCGCAGACCAGGCACCGACGUUGAGACAUGGAAAGAAGCGAACGAUGACCGGUCGGCAUUAGAACUAGUACAGUGUAGCUUCGAUAGAGGAACGCGGUACCCGCAUAUCGGCGUGCCAUAAUUUGUUGAGAUGCGAUUCAUCCCUUAUCAGAUUCUAAUGCGUCUCGAGUUUGAAUCUGUACAAAGACAACUGCGCAUGCAACAAGUUAUCAACGCAUCGAGUAAACACACAUUCCGCAAACAUACAAUAGAGACUUGCCUGUCAACCAGACAUAGAGUAACCACCAAAACUCAAAGCGAGUGCUGGACAAACAACAUCGGAAGCACAGAAGGGACUCUAAACCAGGAAAGGUUAACGCGUGAGCACAUUCUCAGUGAGUCUCCUCCGUUCUUUCGCCUCAGCCUCGUUGUCUGAGCCAGUCCAGUCCGUUUUAAAGCCAAGUCCGCUUUUGCUCCGCACGAGAUGGGCUUAAGAGAAUGGAUGUAUACACUUUUGUACGAUAUGUAGGGUGAUUGCAGUAAUAAUGAAAAGAGCGUGCGUCGAUUCGCCUUGGGUGUUAUCGAUGUGACCGUCA